GAUCACUUGGCAAUAAUUUGAGGGCGGCUUCAUCUGGUGAUCAACGAAGAAAGAAUAUACAGCGAUACGGGUUCGAUUUGAUUUUUUUGCGAUGCUACAGUAAUCUGCGAAGGAAAUAACUUAUUUAAGCUUCAAGGCGUUACAGCGUUCUCGGUGGAGUGUUUGCCAGUUUCAAACAAGAUGAAGCAAGUACCAGAGUUUCACGAAGACUUCUACAUACCCAUUCCUUUAGAUGUCCACAACCUCUCAGGUUACAGCCCUUUUUUGGUCCCCCAGGACCACCUGGGAAACCAAGGUGUAUUCAUGGCCAUGGCUGUCUUCAUGUUCUUUAUUUUCAUCGGAGGGACUUUGAUCAACAUCCUUACCAUUGUUUGCACAAUUCAGUUCAAGAAACUCAGAUCUCACCUUAACUAUAUUCUUGUAAACCUUGCCAUUUCCAACCUGUUUGUGGCAGUUUUUGGUUCCCCGUUAUUGUUCUACUCCUUCUUUAAUAGGUACUUUAUCUUCGGGCCCACAGCAUGUAAAGUUGAGGGCUUCCUUGCAACACUUGGAGGAAUGGUGAGUUUGUGGUCUCUUGCUGUAGUGGCAUUUGAAAGGUGGCUGGUCAUUUGCAAACCCCUUGGGAACUUUACCUUCAAAACCCCUCAUGCCAUAGCUGGCUGCAUACUUCCUUGGAUUAGUGCAUUGGCAGCUUCACUCCCUCCACUGUUUGGCUGGAGCCGGUACAUACCUGAAGGUUUGCAGUGCUCCUGUGGACCUGACUGGUAUACCACUAACAACAAAUACAACAACGAAUCCUACGUCAUGUUUUUGUUCUGCUUCUGCUUUGCGGUUCCUUUUGGCACCAUCAUCUUCUGUUAUGGUCAACUACUUAUUACACUCAAAUUAGCAGCCAAAGCUCAAGCAGAUUCAGCUUCCACCCAGAAGGCAGAGAGGGAGGUGACAAAGAUGGUGGUGGUGAUGGUGUUCGGCUUCUUGUUAUGCUGGGCACCAUAUGCUAUCUUUUCUGUCUGGAUAGUUUCCCACCGUGGUGAAACUUUUGAUCUGAGAAUGGCAACCAUACCAUCCUGCCUUUCUAAAGCCUCUGUAGUGUAUAAUCCUGUCAUCUACAUCUUAAUGAACAAACAGUUCCGUUCCUGUAUGAUGAAGAUGGUCUGUGGCAAAAAUAUUGAGGAAGAUGAGGCCUCUACUUCAUCUCAGGUCACCCAGGUCUCCUCUGUUGCACCAGAGAAAUAAACCCAUUUUUAAUGUAACCUCCUCCUGUGGAAAGAACCACUUUGGCAGUGAAAAACAAUUUUACAGUGAUUGUAAAUAAUAAACAUAGACACAAUAGGAAUUUUUGUAACUUGGUCUUGGCUUGCUGAACCAGUAGAAUUAGUAGAAAUUCAUUAUUAUCAUUAAAAAUGUACAAUAAAUGCAAAGAAAGAAAGAAUUGUGUUGUUAAAUGUAGCAGUUGAAGAGUAUAUAUAUUUAAUAUAUAGUUUAUAUAUUAAAUAUGUUACAUUGGUCUUAUUUCUUCCUGUUUCAAACAGACCACACCAUUUUACCACAGCUAAAACAUGAAAACAGAGAAGUAUCUCAUAUGUCUGGUUGUAAUCAAGUCUGUAGCCCUUCAGUUAUGAUUAAUGGAGUAGCACAUCCAAAGAUGGUCUGAAAAAUAAAGUUAGACAGAGUUUUAUCCAGUAUGCAAAAGUGCUUUGCACUGAAUUGCUGCACUAAUAUUUAAUCAUUUUUAAUUAUUGCACUGAUAAGCAAUAAUGAGAAUGUAUGUACAGUGGACUUCAAUGUGUCUUUAGAUUUUAAGAAAAAAUGUCAUUGCUCAGGUCUUUGAUUUGUGUAUGCAUGCUUACUCACCUUAACUUCUGGUACUUC